AUGUCUGCAACAGGCACGUGUCUAGAUCCAGACACCCUCCGUGUAGCAGUGGCCGUCUGCCUUAGUGCUCCAGUUCACACUGAAUAUAAGUGUAUUUGCAACAGGGUGGUAGCGGACCAGUAUGGACUGCAUGGGCUGCACUCUGGAAGCUCAUUGGCUCUGUUUACGUGCGCCUCUUGGGCAGACCUGAACGGGGCGGGGCACCUCGGCUUCCACCAAUCACUGACUUCCAUCCACGAUGACGUUACCAAGAGACAGCCAAUUGCCGUACGAUCCGCGCGCGGCGCCCACUACAGAUUUGGCGGGAAUGUGGCCUCUGGAAGCUUGUCCAAAGGCAAGGACAGUGCAGGUCACAAGGGCCUCCCUAAGGUCACUACCCAGUUUUAUAACGUCACGGAGGUCACUACCCGGGUUAAUGGUGCCACGGAGGUCAUUGACCCGCUUAGUGACACUACACAAGUCAGUCCCCAAGCAGAUGACGUCACGGAAGUCAGUUCCCAAGCAGAUGACUUCACGGAGAUCAGUCCCCAAGCAGAUGACUUCACGGAGAUCAGUCCCCAAGCAGAUGACUUCACGGAGAUCAGUCCCCAAGCAGAUGACUUCACGGAAGUCAGUCCCCAAGCAGAUGACUUCACGGAAGUCAGUUCCCAAGCAGAUGACUUCACGGAGAUCAGUCCCCAAGCAGAUGACUUCACGGAGAUCAGUCCCCAAGCAGAUGAUUUCACGGAAGUCAGUCCCCAAGCAGAUGACUUCACGGAAGUCAGUCCCCAAGCAGAUGACUUCACGGAAGUCAGUCCCCAAGCAGAUGACUUCACGAAGAUCAGUCCCCAAGCAGAUGACUUCACGAAGAUCAGUCCCCAAGCAGAUGACUUCACGGAGAUCAGUCCCCAAGCAGAUGACUUCACGGAGAUCAGUCCCCAAGCAGAUGACUUCACGGAGAUCAGUCCCCAAGCAGAUGACUUCACGGAAGUCAGUCCCCAAGCAGAUGACUUCACGGAAGUCAGUUCCCAAGCAGAUGACUUCACGGAGAUCAGUCCCCAAGCAGAUGACUUCACGGAGAUCAGUCCCCAAGCAGAUGACUUCACGGAGAUCAGUCCCCAAGCAGAUGAUUUCACGGAAGUCAGUCUCCAAGCAGAUGACUUCACGGAAGUCAGAACUAUGCCGAUUGACGUCACUGAAGUCACCAUCAAUUUUGAUGCGGUCAUGGAAACUACUGGCCAGCUCAGUGACGUUACGUUAAGUAGCAUCUCGUCUAUUGAAGAGACAUCACUCAAUACCGGAGAGACAUCAACUAGUAGGCCUACCUUGACCAAAGAUGUCACGGAAGAUAAUAUUCAAUCUCAUAACGCCGAUCACAUCAGACAAAUUAAUGACAUCGAAGAUGUCAGUAAUGGCCUUGAUGACGUCAGCGCCGUCACCAACGAACACGAUGACGUCAUCGACGUCACCCGUGUUCAUGACGUCACCGCCAUCAACACCCACCGUAAUGACAUCACGGAAACAAGAUCUCAACAUGGAGGUGCCAAUGAAGUCGAUGCCCAUCCUAAUGACAUCGAAGCCAGUGACAUCACAAGAUCCAAUAUUGGCGAAUUUGUGUACAUCAGAGAGUCCGCGGGUCAGGCCUCUGCAGGCACUCUGACGCAGGCGAGUGACGUGUUGGACUCUGGCCUGCACUCUGGCCCUCUCACGCACUCCACCGCUCACCCGGGCAACUGGAAGCAAAGUUCGGCAACAGAGGUGGUGGCAAGGGGUAACGGGACAACAGAGGUGGUGGCAAGGGGUAACGGGACAACAGAGGAGGUGGCAGGAGGUCACGGGAGAACAGAGGUGGUGGCAAGGGAUAACGGGACAACAGAGGAGGUGGGAGGGGGUCACGGGACAACAGAGGAGGUGGCAGGGGGUCACGGGACAACAGAGGAGGUGGCAGGAGGUCACGAGAGAACAGAGGUGGUGGCAAGGGAUAACGGGACAACAGAGGAGGUGGGAGGGGGUCACGGGACAACAGAGGAGGUGGCAGGGGGUCACGGGACAACAGAGGAGGUGGGAGGGGGUCACGGGACAACAGAGGAGGUGGCAGGGGGUCACGGGACAGGGGAGGUGGUGGCAAGGGGUAACGGGACAAGGAAAGUGUCAACAGCGGGUGAAGCAACAGAAGAGAGGGUGCCGGCGGGCGGUGAGACAAGAGAGGGCGUCAGAGCGAGUAAGACAUCAAUAAGGAUAAAAGACACUGCUGGCAGAGGCAGGAAGACAGCAGACAGAGCGCUCAAGACGACACCAAAGGGUCCUUCAACGGAGAGGCCAACCAGCACAGUGAUAACGACGCUUACAACGGGGACAGCAGCAGACGACGACACAACGGAGGCAGCAACAGACGACGACACAACGGAGGCGGCAACAGACGACGACACAACGGAGGCGGCAACAGACGACGACACAACGGAGGCAGCAACAGACGACGACACAACGGAGGCAGCAACAGACGACGACACAACGGAGGCAGGCAUUACCCUGGACGAGCACGGAUUCGUGGUGUCGCUGUGGGAGGAGGAGAAGGUGGAUCAGGAGGACGAUCUCAGGAUCUACGAGGCGGUCGUCACCAGCAUGGCGCAGUGGGAACUACACAAGCUGAGCAAGAUGAACAGGAAGCGUGUGAGGCGAGACGAGGAGGUGGUGUGUUACCCGGACCUCGGCUGCUUCAGGGAUGAGGGCCCCUUCGACUACCUCGACAUGCUUCCCUCUCCACCUGAGGAGAUCAACACCAGGUUCCUGCUGUACACCCGGGAGAGAGGCGAGAGGGAGAAGGUGAUCAAGCCCCACAACAUCUCUACCAUCGUCAACUCUCACUUCAACAUCUCUCGUCCGACCAAGCUCCUCAUCCACGGCUUCGGUUCAUCCUGCAACAGUGUGUGGAUACGAGAGAUGCGGGUGGCUCUUCUCACCAUGAUGGACGUCAACAUCAUCUGCGUCAACUGGCAGAAGGGCGCCGAGGUCCCCAACUACGUGAGGGCCGCCAGCAACACCCGCCUCGUUGGUCGUCAGGUGGCGCUGCUGCUGGAGACGAUGAUCGCCAACCUCAACACCACCCUCGACGACUUCCACCUCAUCGGCUUCUCGCUGGGCGCCCACGUGUCCGGCCACGCUGGCGCCAGGCUCAAGAACCUCUCCAGGAUAUCUGGUUUGGACCCGGCUGGACCGCUGUUCGAGUCGUACUCGCCGUCUGUGCGUCUCGACUACACUGAUGCACGCUUCGUUGACGUCAUCCAUACCAACGCUGACUCCCUCCUGAUGGGAGGUCUUGGAGCCUUCGAGCCCAUGGGACACGUUGACUUCUACCCUAAUGGUGGGAGGAUGCAGAAGGGCUGCGCUAACCUCUUUGUGGGUGGGGUCUCGGACAUCUUGUGGCCCACCGAGGGCGACGGCCGCUACCUGUGUAACCACCGACGAGGCUACAAGUAUUACCUCAACUCAGUAGCACCCAUCUGCACCUUCCCGGCCUUCGUCUGUCGAGACUAUGAGACCUUCCUCAAGGGCGACUGCUUUCCCUGCGAGUCGUGUGGCAACAUGGGCUACUUCUCCGACAAGGCUGAGGGACGUGGUCAGCUCUACCUGGUCACCAGAGACACCGAGCCCUUCUGUGCUAACCAGUACAAGGUAGCGGUGCACCACUCCGGGGGCCCGCCCGCCGACCCCGUCACCACCUACGGCCGCCUCGACAUUACCUUCAUCGCUGCCGAUGGUAUCAACGAGACGCUACAGAUUAGUCAGAGUGAGGACACGGUGAUGGAGGCAGGACUGACCACAGUGAGGAUCCUGGUGCCUCACCCAGCCAUCACUGACAUCCACGCCAUCCAGCUCCGCUACACCGCCUACCACGGCUGGAUAUACUCCGGGUUCAACCGCUGGGCCAUUGACAAGAUUUCUCUGAUGGAUAGUUUCGGCAAGAUGCUGUCGUUCUGCCACCGGGGAACUACACUGAUCUCAGGCAAGGCCAUGCACCUCACCCUGCUGCCCGGCGAUUGUCAGGUGCGGGACGCUCCCUCCCUCCUGCCCGCCGGCCCCCUACACCUCCCCCACCCGCACAUCCAGGAGACCGAGAAUGAGGUGCAUGAGGUGUCUUCACUUCAGCUGGGUGUGACAGCUCAUAAAGAGCCUCCUCACAAUGCCUCUCUACCUCACAGACCCUUCAACCUCACCCACCACGUCCCACCACCCACACUCUCGCCCACUGAUCCCCACGACUCCGUAAUAACGCCACAUCAACCACCUACAUUUGUCUCCAACUCUCAAGUUUCUUCAAACCGUAAAGAAGUUCCUCAUGGAUUCUACAAUGCCUCGAGGCUGAGGCCGCCUCACGCCAUCAUGCCCAACAAACUUCCCAGCAAUUUACCUGGCAAGAUACCCAUCAAAGCACCCCCCUCAAGGUAUGGUGCUGGUGGAAGUGUGGGGACUUCUCCAGUAGCAGCAGCAGCAGGUACAAGACCUGGUGAUGUGGCCAUGAGCAGUGAGGAGCCGGUGAGUGUCAUCCCUGCACCAGACCUGGCUCACCUCCCUUCACCGCAUAACUUUUCACAGGGACUUGGUGUGUAUAAACAUGGAAGUGGACAAGUGCCCAGUACUCCAGGCAACGCUCAUACACCUGGAACUGUACAAACCCCAGUUAGUGUACAAACUACAAUUAGUGUAUAUACACCUGUUUAUUUACAUAGCACUACACCUGUACCAGUCUCCGGUGACCUUAAUCAUACACAAAAUCACUCUGUGGUUAUGACUGGUGCUCGACCAAUAAUUGAGGACAGCUUGACAGUGCCCACGUCACCUGCUAUUGCUCUUUUACCCCCUGACCCUCUAAUAGUUAGUGCCAUCACCCUACCUAAUAGAAAUAGCAUAAAUAAAACCUUUUCCAUGCAGGUAACUAUUGUUUCACCCAACAUCACCCUACAUUCAAACAUCAGUAGUUUGGCCAGUAACAUCAAGACACUGGACAGAGAUGACAACCAAGCUGACUCUCUGUUGGGCAGUACCAGGAGCCCAGUCACUCCUAAGGGAUCAACUCAGUUACCACUUUCAACUCUUGUCAUGCCAGACUCUCAACAUCGUCAACCUGGUUUUAGCAGUCCACUUCCAGCUGCUGCUGGGACCACCACUACUAGACCACAGUGGUCCAGUAUUACUAGAUUUUCUGGUGACCAUAACACUGAUCGUGUUGACAAUCUUCACCCUGCACUGUUGGUAAGGUCACCAGGGUCCCACAUUCAUAAUCCAUUACCAGUUGCAGCACAGAUAUCGCAAGCUAAAACAGAAUUCAAUAAGGACGUUCCUGCAGCCUUGAACACCAACAGCCUGAUAGAUGGAGAAGUCCCCGAGCGGGAACGUGCCCGUGCUCUUGAACUUGACCCUGAGCCCAUCAACGCCAUUAAUCCUCCCAGUGUGUCACCUGAUUGUUCUAGCUCUUCUUGCUCCAGCCACAAUGACAAAGAGCGACACACUUCAGUGUCCUCCACACCAUACGUCAGUGUUCCAACGCGUGCAAGUAGCUUGGCUCCUCAACAAACACAUUUCCAGCGGCAACCUUCCCCAGAAACGUUAUCCCGGGUUGACACCCCUCCGAGGCCUCACCUUGGCUAUGCAAGCACCCAUGUGGAGGAUUCUCAGUUCACUGAAACAGAAACUGUAUUUGCAUCUGCCAGUAACUCUCAGCUGAGAUUCCCAUCCCCUCCUGAAGACCAGCCCAGACCCCUCAUUCAUGAUGGCCCAGCGAGGGCACCGGUAACUUUUGCCCAUUUACCUGCCUCUUUUCUUGACAACCCAUUACGUCCACCCCCAUUACGUCAGCCACCAGAUACCAUCAUUGGUCGUGGAAGAGCACCUCAACCCACCCUUGAUGCACACAGCCAGGAUCCUUGGAUGUUCAGACACUCACAACACCGCCACCAGGAGUCUCACAUGGACCACCACAUAGAAAAAAUGCAAAUCUAUGAAGAGCAGCCAUCUCAAGAACAAUACAAGACAACGCCUCAGUUACAGUACCAGCAGCAGCAUCGUCACUCCCAACAACAGCAACACGGCUCACAGCAGUAUUACCCUCGACACCAUCACCAUCACUCACAGCAGCAGCAUAAUCAUGCUGAUCACCAGAGUCAUCACACAAGAUCGCAACAAGUUCAGCAACUCUCAGAACAUUCUUUAUCCCCGAGCAAUAUGACACAAAUGAACUUGGAGGCGGCUCCUGAGAGACCUGCCCGACCUGUCCCAGCUCCCGCGCCUUUCUAUGUCCAGCUUCUUCCUCCAAGUUUUAGUCACUUGCCCCACCUAGAGACGUUUUCACUGCCCCGAGAGUCCAGGAAGGCAUCAGAAGCCGCUAAUAGGAAGCGAGGUGUAAGUGUGGGCGGUCGAGCUAGCAGAGGCCGGAGCCUGUCAUUGCCUGCACCAGGGGGCCGGGCGGCCGUGUUCACCCCGCUGGUGCUGCAGGUGCAGGAUGACCACCGAGGCAGAUACAUUCCCCUCAGACACAUCCCAGAUGCUUCUCUCCCUACCUAAAUAAUGUUAUUUAUUCAACAGUUAUAAAAGUCAAAUUAUACGCCUCCAUAUUCUGGAUGAAACUCUGCACUAAAUUUGAUACCGGAGGAAAGUCAACGUAAGCACCCUUUAACAGAUGAGUAUGAUACAACCUCAUUUAUCACUUUAAAAUGUUCUUAUGUUAUAUCCAUUAUUUCAGUAAUUUUUCACGUUUCCUUAUGAGUCAAAUGUGACAGUACAAGAGCACGACAAUACUUGUACUUACUCCUGACUGUUGCUGUUUGUGAAGGUCACAACCGAGCCUUCAACUGUGUAUAGGUCGCUAGCGUCAUCUUUGUUAACCUCUUUGCUCACUCUAUGGGUACAAAGUGCCAUUUUCUGAGGAUGAGAAAUAUUAUUUGUACUAUAUGAGACCUGCAAGUGUUAGUCUCCCCGAGGUGUGGCGAGGCUUCCCCUUGUUAGGGUGUGAAGAGUCCGCUCACUACUUCUGCUUGCUUAUACUGUUUGUUUGGUCUUGCAUGCAUAAGUCAAGACACGAAUGUCUGUGAUUAUAGACAUGUUGAUUGUUUUUAUUUACGGUUAAAAGCCAUUUUUGGAAAAGCAAAAUGAUGGCACAAAAUAAUCUUUACAGUUGUUGGGUAAUUAUCCUCCAGCAGUGAACUUGCAGAGUCUCUGAUGAGCAAGUUGGUCCACCGUCUGACGUCCACUCAUCACCUGGGUGUAGGCUACUUGCACGUUAAACACAUUUAUUGUGUUAGGAUAUAAAUAUUAUUUACUAUAAACUACAUUUCACAUACAGCACCACAGGAUGAACUACAGAGUAUUUCUGUUGCUACCAGUAAUUUAAGAAUUUGUAAUCAGAGACCAAAUUAUAGCAGCCUAAGACUUAAAUCUUUUCACUAUUAAGCCUAAUUUAAUUAUUAACUUAAGAUGCAGACGUGAGCUACGUAACACAAUUCAAAGAAAUGCUUUGUCAAAAAUAUCAAAUAUAUUUUAUAUGCAAAUGAAUUAAAUUAAAAACCAGAUACUAUUGAACUAGGCCCCUCUAAACAUGACUUGGACAUUAAGGUCACGAGGCUACACCUACCUCAGCACUGGAUCAAAAAUUCAACCAUUGGCAUGCAAAAUUACAACGAAUAAUUCAUUUUCAAUGAACCAGUGAUGUGUUUUGCCUUAGUCACAAUUCGAUUGCUCCAAGUGAUUUUCUCAUCAUGCAAAGUUGUGAGGUUUUAAGCAAAGUUUUAAGCCAGACCCCAAACGUCUGGCUUAAAACACUGGACAGAUAUAUUUUCUGUUAUAACCAGUGUUGGAAGGAGGAGUACCUAGCAGUGCUCGGGUACGGCUAGGUACCAUUCUCCCUCUCGUUCUCUCUCAGUGGGCAACACAGGGGUCGAUCGAUCCCUACCACCCUCUGACACUCCCCAUACAAUCACAAUCCAUGGAAAGUUGCCUGAGGCUAGCCGAACCUGCCUCGUCUCCGGGCCUAGGACAGACAUUUUCUUAUUAAUAGAGAUUUAUUAAAUGCUCUCUUAGACCUUUACAAAAGUUGUAUGAUACGCAUUUGUAUCUUUUUAUGACCAAUAACUUUUCAGUUACACACACACACACACACACACACACACACACACACACACACACACACACACACACACACACACACACACACACACACACACACAAUUACCUGUGCAAGAAGUAUGUUUUUUUUUAAUUUAAACAUACGAAAUAUAUCGUUUUGAAUUGUUUAUUGCAUACUUAUUGCAUAGGCCAACGUGUGCUUCAUUGCUUCUCCCACUACAUCAUACAAUGGAUAUAUUCUCUUUCCCAAUAUAUCUAUAUAAUAUUUGUGUUAACUUCAACACCCCCUCUCCUAAUUUACACUGUACCAGAUUCACAUAUACCAGAUAUACGGCAACUAUUACACUGUCACAUGUAUGUGAAGCUUUGACGAGUGUUGCAGCGACGUGUGCUCUAGUGUUGCAGCGACGUGUGCUGUAGUGUUGCAGCGACGUGUGCUCUAGUGUUGCAGCGACGUGUGCUCUAGUGUUGCAGCGACGUGUGCUGUAGUGUUGCAGCGACGUGUGCUCUAGUGUUGCAGCGACGUGUGCUGUAGUGUUGCAGCGACGUGUGCUCUAGUGUUGCAGCGACGUGUGCUCUAGUGUUGCAGCGACGUGUGCUCUAGUGUUGCAGCGACGUGUGCUCUAGUGUUGCAGCGACGUGUGCUCUAGUGUUGCAGCGACGUGUGCUCUAGUGUUGCAGCGACGUGUGCUCUAGUGUUGCAGCGACGUGUGCUCUAGUGUUGCAGCGACGUGUGCUCUAGUGUUGCAAAGAUGAUUGACAAGGUCUUCCUGUCUUUGUUAUUUAUUUCUCUUAUUACCAUCAGCGUUAUAAACCUAUUAUAGCCUAUCCUUUAUCACUGCCCUUGUCACGAGAAAUAUUACUCUGCCCCCAUUAUUUAUAUGACCCCCACUCUUGUUUGACCCAUCCCUCGUCCCCCAUUAUUUAUAUGACUCCCACUCUUGUUGUGACCCAUCCCUCGUCCCCCAUUAUUUAUAUGACCCCACUCUUGUGACCCAUCUCUCGUCCUCCCAUUAUAUAUGACUUCCCCACUUUUCUUGUAAUCCAUCUCUCGUCACCCCAUGUUUAUGUUACUCUCCCACUCUUGUUGUGACCCAUUCCUCGUCCCCCAUUAUUUAUGAGUAUCAUUACCAUUGUUGUUAUAUAUCAGUUGCACUAUUUAUACGGUUGGUGAUGUAGCGUAGUGAGCUUAGUGUAAUAUUUAUUGACGUCAGUAAGAGGGUAACAGCGGUGAUGUCCACACACCUGGCGGCCCUUCUGCCAUGUGAUAGUGAGGUCAUUAGUGCAGCCAUGAUGUCAGCCUUUUGUAUAACCGGGAAAUAUGGUAUCUCUGUUACAUUGUUAAACUGAUGUCAUAUUUCCAGGUCUCUUGUUAACUGUGGAUUAAUAAAGACUUCACAGACA